AUGGAUCCACCAAUGCAGAGACCAAGACAUAUUGGAGCAGAAGAUGCUCCAAACACUCACACACAAAGGGCAGGAAUAGUUCCACCUGCAGUAGCAAAUAAUAAUUUUGAGAUAAAAAGUGGGCUCAUCACAAUGAUUCAGUCUAACAAGUUCCAUGGUCUGCCAAUGGAAGACCCUUUAGACCACCUUGAUGAGUUUGACAGGCUCUGUGGCCUAACCAAGAUAAAUGGAGUAAGUGAAGACAGUUUCAAACUCAGAUUGUUUCCUUUUUCACUUGGAGACAAGGCUCACUUAUGGGAGAAGACCUUACCAAUUGGAGCCAUCACAACAUGGGAUGGAUGUUUUGCACAGAAAAACAAUGAAACUUUCUAUGAAGCUUGGGAAAGGUUCAAGGGUUAUCAAACUCAGUGUCCACACCAUGGGUUCAGCAAUGAGUCCCUGCUAAGCACACUAUACAGAGGAGUUCUACCAAAGAUCAGAAUGUUGUUGGACAAUGCAUCAAAUGGGAAUUUUCUCAACAAACAUGUGGAUGAAGGAUGGGAACUGGUAGAAAAUUUGGCCCAGUCAGAUGAAAACUAUAAUGAAGACUAUGAUAGAACUGUCAGAUUUGUGAAUUCAACCCCAGAUGAGAAAUACAAGAAGGAUAUGAAGAUGAUGAAUGAGAAGUUAGACAAGAUUCUGCUCAGUCAACAGAAAAACAUUCAUUUUCUUGCUGAGAAAGACACAACAAUUCAAGAGGGGGAGAAUGAGAUAGCUGAGCUAUGUUACAUCCAGAACCAAGGAGGAUUUAAACCUUAUAACCAGUUCAAGAACAACAAUUCGUCUUAUAGGAGUACAAAUGUGGCUAAUCCACAGGACCAAGUCUAUCCACCACACCAAGCACAGCAGCAGAACAAUUAUGUGCCUAAACAACAGAAUCAAGGUCACCAGGGUCAGAUGUGUCCCCCACCAGGGUUUCAUACCACCCAAGCCCAGGAACCAGACUUAAGAACAUUGAUACAGCAGUUGUUGCUUAACCAAGCCAUUGGUCAGAUGGAAACCUCCAAGAAGUUUGCUGAGAUCAAUCAGAGAAUAGAUUCCACUUACAAUGACCUGAACAUCAAGUUUGAAAGCCUUAACUCCAAGGUUAAAUUCAUAAAGAGCACUAUGGCCUCUACUUCAGCUCCAAAACCUAAUCAACUGCCUGGAAAGGCAAUUCAAAACCCAAGGGAGUUCACUGCCAAGGCUAUCUUUGUUACAGAGGAUGUUAUCACUAAGGAUAGUGCGAUUCAAGAUAGGGAGGGUAUUCAACAAGUUUCAGCUCAGAAUGAAGAAGGAUACCGAGAAGAGAAGGCACUCGACAGUGCACUCGACCACGCACACGAUCAGGCACACAAUCGAGUGCCGAGUUGA